AUGGACCUCUGGUUUGCUGCUACAGAGAAGGAAACUGCUCCAACUCAAAGACAAGGGAGGCCCCCGGCUUCCCCUUACGCGGAUUGGGAUCAUCUGCCACCUGAUGCGCACGUUGUGAGUGAUGCAAAGGGGGCAAGGGGAGACUUUGGAAAGCAGGUCGGACAGUUGGUGUCUUCUGGUGAACCUCCCUGUGUUGUUCCCCUGAAGCCCUUGCCGGCCCUCAGCGAGGAUGACUUCCUUCGGGGCCCAUGGGGGCCGCCACUAAGCAAGGCAAGCAGGCGGCACCUGCUGCGCGUUGGUCUCGACUACAAGGAAACACUGAGCCCACGCAGCCGGAGAGAGUGGGCGCCCAUGGAGAGGGAGAGGUGGGGGCGGUCUCGUGUACUCAGGUAUCUCAUCAAGACACACCAGGUUGUGUUCAAGCGGGAGUUGUUAGCAAAGGAGUUCAGAGAGGACUUUGACAAAUACUUAAAGAAUAGAGACCACAAACACAAGCAGGAGCAUGUGGGUUUACGAACUUGCACACGGCAGAAGGUCUCCCAAGGGGCCUUUUACAGGGACCCCCAAAAUAACACCUUGAGGGCCCUCAAAGGGGGAGCCGUAUCGGGUGGGUUCGUCUGGGGCUCUUCGCCCGUAGACAAUGGCGAUACCUUGCUUCCUAGGGGCUCUGCGACCUCUAGCGACCCUGAAAACUAUAUGUAUGAGGACUUUCAGGGGCCGUUGCCCUUCACUUCGAGAAGGGAACGUUCUAAAUAUCCCCCAAUGCAGCAGGCUCCUUCAGAGGGGAGACAGCACGGAGGGGCCUCACAAAGGGAGCCACAAAGGGAUGCGCUGGGGGCCCCACACAGGCCAGCCCGUGGUUCCCUACUGCAAGAACCUUUCCAAGGGGGGGCGGGCUGUGCAGUGAUGCAGGGAUACAGAAGCAGAACAGGGAGGGCUGAGAGGAGGUGGGAAAUGCACGCGGCAGGAGACAGCGUUGAAGGGGAUCAAGCAGGCACAGACAAAGAUAGCGAGAACAACAGGGAGGGAGGUUCAGGCGUCGAUGAAGACAUGGAAGGAGAAUAUUACAGACAGCAUCUUCCUUGCCGACAGAAACACCCCAAGGACAAAACAGUCCCCUUCGCGUUGCUAAGAGAAUAUGGUGCCUUCAUCGACGAGAUCACAUCAUGCGGGCUGUUGCAACAGGAACUGGACAGGUAUCUGCAGGAAACAACUGAGCCGGAAGCCAAAAAGAGCAUUCCUCACAUGGAACCGCCGAAGGGGCCCCGCAUUAACCCUAACUACAAUCUAGACAAGGACAAACUUGAGGCAGCAGCGAGGAAGCUGCAUGUACACCCCGAACAGCAACAGCAAACGUUUGAAGGCAUCGAAAGCAAAAGAAAAGCACUACUUGAGGAAGCAGGAACAGUUACAGGGGGAGGACGAUACAUUGUGUAA